CAGUGGAGGCAUAUCAUCUGCGGCACUCCACUAUCAAGCCCGUUAUUCCUUUCUUGGACGCGCCACGCCUGCGCCUAACCGCCUCCCGUCACCAUCCCCUCGUCAAACUUUCUUGCUCCUCCACUGCCAGGACCCGAAUCGCUCCCGGAAUCCCAGGACAACUUCUUCAAGCUGCAUAAACUCCGCGCCCUCCGGCGCAAGGCGAAGCUCAAGGGCGUCCUCAUCAGGACCGACCCAGCCAUGGCUCAAGCCGACGAUGCCAUCUCUCCUACCUCGUCCAAGCGCUCCCGUAGCAAGGACAGCACGCGAUCAAUCACCACCUCUUCUCUCAACACACCAGCCGCCAACACUCCUUCUGUGAGCACGAAUAGUCUCGUCAUCUCCACUGCGCCCGUCAUAAGCGAAGCAAACGGCGAAGAUGCAAUUCCGUAUCCCGCUUUCCUGAAGCAGACCAAGGACAUAAAUACCAAAUGGAAUCGCUUGGAGAUGGCGCAAAUGGAGCGCCUAAGGGACACGGCGCAAGGGACUGGUUCGGACGAACCCGACAAGUGGGCAAGGUGCUUUGGGGAAGACUAUGCCAUCCGCAACCGUUACAUCAACGUCGACCCAUACCAGUCCAACAGAGUGCAUCUUGACGUACCAGAGGGCCACUUCGACUACAUCAAUGCCUCUCCAAUACUGCUCGAGACCACCAAAUCUGGGACGGAGCUCAAGUACAUUGCCACCCAAGGACCCAAAGCCGACAGCUGGUCGCAUAUCUGGCGCAUGAUAUGGAAGGAGAAUCAGUCGCCCGCAGUCAUAGUCAUGCUGACCCAGACCCACGAAGCGAACCGAGAGAAAUGCUACCCUUACUACCCGCAAUCGCCGUCGAGUCCAGAUAUGCGCAUCAACGAGCACGACGAAUUCGAAGACGGCUUCGUACACAACCUUCACUUGGCGUCGUACACAAUUGACGAAGAGGCUCGGACGCAAGUGAGGGAGAUCGACAUGACAACAGAUGACGGCAGCGAGUCGAGGAAGAUCUGGCAUCUGCUCUUCGCUGGCUGGCCGGACUUCUCGGUGCCAGAGGGCGACGAUCGCGCUGGCAUGCUGAAGCUGGUGGACAUAUCGCGAUCCAAGAACACAGACAACUCGACCAACCCACGCAUCGUUCACUGCAGCGCAGGCAUCGGUCGCAGCGGCACCUUCAUUGCGCUCGACUGGCUUAUGCAGGAGCUUGACGAGGGUGCCUUGGACGAUGUACCAGAGGACGAGGACCCUGUACUGAGAGUUGUGGAGAUGCUCCGAGAUCAGCGAGCUGGCAUGGUUCAGUCAAAGAUACAGUUCCAGUUCAUAUACGAUGUGAUGCGCGAGCGAUGGCGCGAACGAUGGAUCUCUGAACAUCCAGACGAAGCAAGCCGGCUCGGCCUCGCAAGCGCUGCGCCCACAUCCGAUAGCGAACAACCCGCCCUCAAGCGCCAAAAGUCGUUACACAAUAGCGAAGCCGCCAAUGAAAGCCUUACGCUGCUGCCAUCACGACCGGCGAGUUCGCGUGGUGCGUCCAGCUCGCCAGCGCCAGAUGCAGAGGCACGCGCACAGCUGGAAGCCGAGCUUCAGGAUGCGGACAUGGAGUAUGAGAAGGGCAAGACAUAGUCGUUUCUGCACUUACUGAAGCCUUCACGCCAACCACGCAGGAAGGCGACACCAUGGACUCCGCUUCGUCCAACCGUGCAGUCUUAUUAUACAUUCGCGAAUACUGUUCCACCUCCACCUUCUCUUCGUCGCACAUCUUCCGAAAUCACGUUGCCGGGUUCGCGUCUUCUGUUGGAGGAAGUUUGUGGCCGUUACCACGUUGUUUUGAUCAUGAUGGGUGUUACUUCGGCCUUGGUUGUUGGCUUUAUGUUUGUGUACUGGGAUACAGCAGAUAGAGUUUAAUUGUGCGU